AUGCCGCCUCCACUAUGGCAGGGUCUGGUGCGGAAGACACCCUCAAUCGCCCCUCUUGCGAAUAGAGGCCUCCUCUCAAUUACGGGCUCCCAGUCAACCGACUUUUUGAACGGCCUCCUUGGAUCAUCGGUGCAAGAACCCGUCAGAAACCAAUUCUCGACAGGCAGAGUCAUGUAUGACGUCUUCCUCUACGCGACCACCAAUGGCUAUCUCCUGGAAUACGAUAUGGCGCCUUCUGAAGCUGUUUCUCUGUCUUCCUACUUGAAGCGGCACGUUUUGCGGUCAAAAGUGAAAAUACGCUCGGCGACAGAAGAAUACGAUGUUUGGGCUGCUUGGGGUUCGACAAAAGACCAUGAAUGGGAAACAAAACGGCAUUGGCACUGGGAACGCAGUGGUGCUGUGGAACCUGUGUGGAAUGGAUCCCCAUCUUGGCCGUGGGGCACAGGGGAAGGCAUCAUCCUUGAUAGGAGAGCAGUCGGUAUGGGUCGAAGGUUGCUUGUGAGAAAGGGAGAACAUCCUCAGGAUUCAUCCACUCACGACAUCGUUCCAACUGAGGAAUAUGUUUUGCAUCGUAUCAUCCGUGGUGUUCCUGAAGGAGCUGCUGACAUCGUGCCCAUGCAAGCUUUCCCAAUGGAAUCUAAUCUCGAUAUUAUGGGCGCUCUGGACUUCAGAAAAGGUUGCUACGUUGGGCAAGAACUCACGGUACGAACGUACCAUACUGGCGUCAUACGCAAGAGAAUCCUCCCUGUUGUGAUUCAGAAACUUGAGCAGGGUGUGCAAAUUUCUCAUACACCCCCUCUCCCGCUGAAUCUUGACAUCAAACCCGUGAUCGAGAAACCCGGCCCUCGGCCGAGAGGCUCAGGGAAAAUUCUCAGCAACCAAAAGGGCGUUGGACUUGCUCUCUUACGCCUGGAGCAUGUGGCUGGCGUUCAAAAGGGCGACCUUAGGUUUGAUAUCGUGGACGGAGAAAAUGCAACAAACCUCACUGCAGUCCCCUGGUGGCCUGAAUGGUGGCCUCGUGAACCAGAUACAACGAGUAGUACAUGA